GUGCCAAUGAAACCAAUCUUCGCAGGAAUGUCCCAUUUUGCUUCCGAAUCUCUCUUUUAGUCUUGUAUUUAUCCUUCAUUCGAUUUUCCUAUAGGCGAAUCAUUUUUCGCCUUACCAUCUGCUGAUAUAAGUCAUCUUGGAUUCUUCAUUUAUCGUACCGUCUUCCAUUCCAACCACGUUGAAUCGAUUCUCGGGUGGUAACCAAACGUUUGUCACCCAAAGAUUGGGCACCCGCAUUCAACCGGAGGCAACCCCCCUCGUCAUUGUAGACCAUGGGAAGAAAGGAUCAAGAGAACAAUAAGAAGGACGUUCAAUUCGUUCAUCACGUAGAGGAUUCUGCAUCUUCUGUUGCUUGUGACGAGGUACACACACCCUCAGUAUGAAUAUUUCUUUUUGUCCAGCCAGAACCACGGCCAUUGGUAGUAAUUGGUCCUCAAUCCAGACAACUCAGUGGGCAAAGCCUAUAGUAUUGGAUACCUCAAAUAUUAAAAUUGCCAGAUAUUGUGAGGGGAAGACAGACGAUGAAGAUGAAGAGGAGGGUGAUGGUAAUGAUAAUGAGACUCAAGACAAAUUAAAGGGAAUACCAAAGGAGCCAAUAGAAACGAAAGAAACAAGCGACACCCCGCUGUCUGAAAGUGAGGAGGAAGAUCCACAUUCACAGGAGGAGGAUACUUCCAAGGAGGAAGGAAAUGAAGAUACACAUGACUUGGAAGAACAACCUCAGUCUCCCAAAACCGACAAGCCCUUACCGACGACAGAUGAAUUGACUAACUCGAAAUCGAUAGAGUCGACCGCGACUCCGGAAGAAGAUCUAGCGAAUGAUAGUACAGAAGCAGUACCGGAGCCAGAAUCGAAUCACAACUUAGAAAAUCCUUCCGAUCCUACUUCAGAUCCACCUGAUGGUAUCCCUCCCUGUGUUCCAGACGCUCCACCAUCAGAAGACAUACGGGAUGACAGAUAUGCACUUAGUAAAAUAGAACCCCAUCAGUCGCAUCCGUCAAAUCAUACAGUUCGUUUCGCCGAUGACAUCGUAUCAACAAGUUCCAGGUCAAAAGACAAGAAGAGUAAGAGGAGCAGUAAGGACAAGAAGCCACCUGUGCCCGAAGUGCCACGCAAACCCGAAUCUCUGUUGAGUAAGAAGACUAGAAGGAGCAGGGAAAGCUCCCGGUCUACUGAGGAAGUACCACCGGAAGUUCCCGAUCCGCCCCUGCGGAAACAUGUUGAGCCUGAAAAACAUUCGAGGGGGGAGAAAAGGAAGGCAAAGGACAGGAAAGAGAAAGGUGACGCUAAGAAAAGUAGGAGCAAAGGGAGGGAUGCUUCUAAAAUGGCAUUAGUACCAAUACUGAAACCUUCGGAAUCGGCGAUACAGAGUGAUAAGUCCAUACCGGCUGAAAACAAUGACGAUGAACCAGUCCAGGAGCCACUGACAACUUCAGAUGUUGUUCAGCCAGUAUCAGAUCCAGACCCCCCACCUCUUUCAGAAGAUAACCCAAGCGAGAAUAUAGAGGCCGAAGAAAUAGUACCAGUGCAAGAGAACUUACCAACACAACUUGAAGAGCAUCCAAAUACCGAGGAGACACCAACCAGUGAUGUACCAGCUUCAGAUGACGUAAAGGAGGAGGACGAAGACGUUCCGAGCAUGCAAAACAAUCAGGCCGUCUCCGAAGAACAUUUAGUUACAGAAGAAGCACCCACAGUUGAUGUGCUAAUAGCAGAAGAUGUAAAGGUGGAAGAUGGAGAGAUUCCGAUCACAGAAGAGAAUCCUGCUGCCGUCGCAGAAUCUCACGUGGAUGAGGAAAUUCCUGUUACAAACGAAACGGAUGAAGUUGAGGAUGAUAAGCUCACAGCUGUAAAUGGGACGGAGAUUAAUGCGGAAGAGCCCAGCAGUGAGGUUCUUUCGGGGGCUGCAGUGGAAAGUCCUAUCAAUGAAGAGGAAAGUCCUUUACCGGAUGAACAUGGUCCAUUGGAUCCUGAAGCAGCUGGAAAGAGCUCAAGCAGCGAGGAUAUUCCAACUGAUGCCGAGGAGGUGCCGGCUCCUGUGGAAGAGGCUUCAAAACCUGUCGAAUCCGUACUGAUGAGUGCCACUGGCGAAGAAGAUCCAAGCCCCCUGGAGACACCUACAACGGUCGAUGAGCCUCAGCCAGAGAAUGGCAUUCACCCUAGCGAUGAACCGGCUAUUCUAGAAGAAAGUGCACAUAAUGAUGAGGAAGUAUCACCUCACAUCGAACAUGUGCCUGGGGAAAAGAUUGAAUCAGAACCCCAAGCCGAACUUGAUGCGAAUGAAAAGCCAAUAGAGGAAGAAUCUUCUAAAGAACCCGUUUCUGAAGAAGCCUCCGAUCCAAGCGAGCCAAUAUCUCUACCUGUUCAAGAGCCAGUUACGAUCGAAAGCGAUGCUCAAGACGAGAAGAAAGAAGAACCCAAUGACGUCAAUCAUGAGACUUUGGAUACCCCAGAAGAGGUUGUCCCGGACCAAACAGGCACAGAAGAUUCAAAAGAUGAGCCUCCCCAACUAACCGAAGUCGAAACGCCUAGUCCCGAAGAAACUGGACUCAAAAGUGUUGAAACUCUCGAAGAGGUAAAUGAUCAUACCGAUGAGGAAUCGAAGCCAUGCGAGGAAACGCCUACGGAAACAGAGCCCAACAAUAUCGAUACCGAUAUUCUGACCCCCGAAGAUCCGACAGGGACUACCGAGACUAAUGAACUAGCAGAUCACGUGGAAGGCUCCGAUGUUAAGGAUGAUGUCAUUCAGGAAUUAGCACGUUCAAGCGAUUGCGAUUCUGAUGAUAGUCCGGCCGUUGAAAUUAGCGUUGCCGGAGAGUCUACCGAGGAAAGUCCUGAAGUCAGCCCAGAGCAAGAAAGCGUUGAACCCAGCGAUGACGUCCUAGAUGUUCCAGUUACAAUCGAAAAGUCAACACAGAGCCAAGAAGCUGCCCUCGUUGAACCCGGAGAUCUGGAAAUCAAUACAAAAGUUGAAGAAUUGCCAAUCGAGAGCGAAAAUGUUCAGGAAACUCCAGUAGAAGAGGAAGCGUCGGAUAAGGAUCAUUCGGAUGGUGCACAAGCCAUAAUCGAGGGAGAUUCAACACCAGAAACAUCUGCGGCAAUCGAAGACGCGCCAAUCGAUAUGGAAGAAAGCAAUGAAAAUUCAGAGAAUGAAAAGACACCGAUUACAAAUGAUCAAACUUCCAUCGAGGCUGAAAAUGCUCAAAAAUUACCGGAAUCCGAAGAGACUCCAAUGGAAAAUGAGGAAUCUCAAGAACCACAAGCGAAUGGUGACAUAGUAAAUCAACUCGAGAAAGUCGAUUUGCCAGCCGCGGUUGAGGAUAACUUGGAGCAGGAAAACAUUUCUCUAGGAGAUGUUGAAGAUUUUUAUGAAUCCUCCGAAGAUGACGAGAUAGCAGAUUUGCUUAUGCCUGAACAAGAUCCCGUAGUGAUUGAGCAGGCAUCCAAUCAUCCAGAAAACUUGCCAACAGAAGAUGCUUUAGACGAGAUAGAAACGAAACAAGAAUCUCCAGAUGCCGCCCCAAUGACUAAGACUGAUAAUGAAAUCAUUCCUGUCAAUACUGAAAAGAAUUUGGAACAACCAAGCGAGGAGUCACAAGUCGAAUCUGGAGAGGAAAAGCUUUGCAAUGAAACUCAAGAAUUGCCGGCUAGCGAUGAACAUCAAAUAGAAAACUCUCAAGAUCCCCCUCAAGAUCCGAAUGGAAGUCCCGCACAAACUGCUCCAGAUAACAUCAAUCCCGAAUCAAUUGAAGAACUUCACACCAAUUUGCCUCCUACCGAGCACGGGGACGAAAUCGAGGUGAAACAGUUGAAGGAAUCUGAUCCAGUCGAAUCGGAUGAUGAGGCAUCGAGUUGGGAUGGCGAUUCAAAUGAUGAAGAUUCGGAAUCUGAUAACGAACACGAGGAAAAUAAUUCGCCUGCCACCGAAGGAAAUGGCCCUGAAACAGCAAGUAGUGAGGAGGAACAUUUGCAUAAGACGGAAGAAAUAAGUGCUCUGGCUCUUGAUAUUGAAUCGAAUGAAGCUCCUGUUCUUUCCUUGGAUAGUGCGCCCAAAUCAUUGGACGGAGAGGAUAACGUUCAACUUGAUGAAACAGCGAAUAUCGAUAAUAACAAUGUUCCUAUCCCCGGAGAAGAACCCGUCGAGAACGUCCCCAAGUCCGUAGAGGAGGAUAAUCAGCUAGCCGUAACAGCUAAUGUUGGAGAUCGCGAUACUCCUGUCCACGAGGAAGAAUCUGCCGAAACCCCGCAGAUAUCUGUUGCAGACAACCUUUCCGAAUCGGUGAUUGAGAAGGAUACUACCCAGCCAAGCGAAGACAUCGAUAUUAAAGAAGUUCACGAACCAGAAAAAGAGGUUAUCGAAAAUACAGAGACCUCUGCCGUGGAAAGUCUUCCCGUAUUAGUCAGUGAAGGAGAGAAACAUAUCGAAGCUUCGGAAAUUGAAAAUCCUACCCAAGAGUUAGGGAAAGACCAAGAAACUCCCGUCAUCGAAGGCGAUACUUCCAAGUCAGUUAUCGAGGAAGAAGAACCAUUGCAUUCAGAAGAAACAAUCGAUAACAAGGAAACCGGAAUCCCAAUGCCCGAGGACAAAUCUGACCAGAGUCCGGACGCCCCUGCAGUGGAAACUUCCGAGCCAGCUAGCGAGGAACCCUCAGUUGAGACCACAGAAAAUACCCCGUCCCAGGAAUCCGAAAGUCUUGUUCCUGAGCAAGGGGCAAUUGAGGUGUCAGAAGUUUCCGUCAAUGAGGAAAAUGAGCCCGAACCAGUUGUCGAGGACAAAGAACCCAUUCAGUCCGAAGAAACCGUCUCAUGUGAAGAUCCUAACCUUCCAAUUCAUGAAGAACAACCCGUUGAAGCGCAUGAAUCUCCUGCAGCCCCGGAAAAGAUUGAGAUCGAUGAGAUCACUGGUGAUGUUGCUGCUAUCACAGAAAAAGAGACCCAAACCAUCGGUGACCCCCAACCACCCGCGGAAGAGGAUAAUGAGGUUGUUGAGAAUGUGGAAGCUCCAGUCGGACCAGAAUCUGUCCCCACCGAUGCUACACCUGUUGAGACAGCGGCAGAUAAAGAACCACCAGUAGAAGCACCUGAAGAGGAGGUAGUUCUAGGAAAAGAUGCUGAUCUCGAGUCAACACCGAUGGAGACCAUUCCAGUUCAAGAGCCUUUGAGUGAAGAUAUUCCUACUGAAGAGCCCCUUGAUGAAAAUCCUCUUAUCGAAGAGCCCGCUCCUGACGCUCCGCACACUGAAAACCCUGCUGCCGAUCCAAUCCAGGAAGGUACAGCUGAACCUGAACCUGAGCCCACAAUAGGCGAGCCCAUUCCCGCUCCAGCCGAAGAAUCAACUCCUUCAGAAUCUCCUAUAGAACCAGAAGCCACCAACUGUCCCCCUUCAGAGCCUGUGGUUGAAGAAGAAAUUGCUCCUGAAUCUGCCCCAGUUGAUACUCCCGAGGAACCAGUAAUUGAAAGCAAUCCCGAGCCAGAGAGCGUCGAGAUAGAAAUGUCUAUUGAACCCAGCCCAAUCGUUAAAACUCCCCAAGCAACUCCCAAACCCGUUGAGAUUUUGGAGGAUGAGGAACAAGCACCACCUGAGUCUGAGCCUAAGCAACUUGAUGUCGUCCAACCAGUGGAGGAGAUUCAGGGCGAGGAGCAGCCUGAGGUCGUUGAGACAUUAGAGGAAGAUCUGGCCACUCAAGAACCAAUCGAAGAAGUGGCCGCUGGGCAGGCUGAAGAGACUACGGUUCAAGAACUCACUGGGGAGCCAGCUGCCGAUCAUCCCCAUGAGGAUACCACUAGCGAGGCGCCAAUUCUCGAUAUACCUACAGUCGAGACUGCCCAAGAGCCAGUCGUCCCGGAACCAACCAUUGAAACGCCAAUUGAAGAGCCCGUCGCCGAAACUAUCCAGGAACCAGUGGAGGCAUCCAGUGAACCAGAUCCCCAACAACCUGUCGAAACUGUCCAAGAACCAUUAGUGGAAGCAUCCAGUGAACAGAAUGUCGAAGAAGCUGUCGAAAAUGCUAGCGUUACGCCACCGAACGAAGAGCACGUCGCUCUAGUGGCUGAACAGCCGAUCGAUGAGACAAUUGUUGCGGAAGCACCACCCUUAGAAGAGCCAGCGAUAGAGGGCACUGUUGUGGAACAAACUACGGAAACCAAGGAGGCCUCCGAGGAACCCGCCCAAGAUCUAUCAUCUGAUCCCUCUGCGGUCCCAACAGCAGAAGAAGUCCCCGAGGCUAAAGAAAUCUUGCAGGAAGUUAUUGAAGAGCCUCCUGCUCCCUCAGAUCCCAUAGAAGAGCAAGUCGAGUCUCCAAAGGACGAGAAGCCGAAAGAAGUCGAGGACUUUGAGGCUGUUGCCCUUGCUGGACUUGCAAGUGCAGCGGCAGCGGCAGCGGCAGCCAAGGCCUUGGACGAUAAGGAAGAUGAUACUCCAAUAGCUGACCAACCUCUGGUAAAUGAGCCAGAACGAAUUGAAAAUCGCGAGGAUAAAGGAGCUGAGUCUCCUUCAAAAUCAGACAAAGACAGACGCAGACACAGGAGCUCGAGGCAUCACUCAUUCAGUAAUCACAAUUCAGCCAAAUAUGGUGAAUAUCCACCUUCCAGCAGACCAGAAGAACAGCCAAGACGCCGAAGACAUUCUCACAGUCACAGAACCAAUGGCGCAACCAGUGACAGGGAAGAUGAUAAGGAAAAUUAUCGUAGUCACAGACCUAGUCAAAAAGAAGAGGACAGAGAGCGACCAGAACGUUCUCAUCGCCGACGAUCUAGCCAUAGGGAAGACGAGCCCGAGCGUUCUUAUCGACGUAGGUCUGGCCGCAAAGAAGAAAAGGAAGAUAAAGAGGAGCCAGCCCGCGAUAUUUCUCCAGCAAAGCAAUCUCCGGAUCGUCGAGAUAGUGCUAUUGAGGGUGUGGACGAUGAACGUGAACGUCGCCGACGCCAUCGUAGAGACCGAAAUCGAGAGGAACAAGAAGAGCACGAUAGAAAAAAGGAAGAACGCCGAGCAGCUAAAAGAGAAGCAGCAAUCAAGGCCGAAGAAGCCUUCAGAGCUGAAGAAGCCCGAAAGGCUGAGGAAGAGGCACAAAAAGCUGAGGAUUCACUGCAAAGGAAAAAAGCCGAACCAGUUCUAUUAUCAUCCGCUCCAAAGCGAUCAAGAUCACGAAGAGAAAGUACUUCAAAGUCGUACUCGAUCACUCCCCAUGAAAGUGAUGGCAUCCGAUCCCGACUUCUAAGUUUCAAGAAGCGUGUUCAAAGCGAAGUUACCAGUCCAUUCAUGGCAAACGACGAGCCACAUAUCAAGGAGAAGCUUACCCCCGUCACACGUUCCAGAAGGGAUUCCAUCGUUGAUGAGCCGGGCCCUCCUCAGUUCGAUGUUACACCAGAACGUCCAAAGAUGAGUUCUAACGCAAGAAAAUCAUCUCGGUCAUAUCCACACCAUUCUCACUCGUCGUCUCGUAGAGAGUCUGAACGAACUUAUAGUUCCCGGAAAGAGCCAAGUCGACGAGAUUCUACCAGGGAGAAGUAUAAGACGGAGGAGGAGAAGGAGGCAAGAAGAACUCGCAGGGAGAUGAAGAGACAAGAAAGGCUUGCCAAGGAAGAGGCGGAAGCAGAAAAUAUGCUCCAAAGGGAAAAGGACGAUGAGUUGAGGCGUCGACAUCGUGAGGAGAGACGUAGAAAGCGAGAAGAAAGAGAUACCGAGGAACGCGAGGCCAAGGAGCAAGAGGCCAGGAAUCGAGAACUGGAGGAGAAAAGUGAUAAAUCAUUAGAACCAUUCCCCGAAAACGAUGUCGAUAACGGAGAAUCGAAGCCUAGCUCGAGGCCAGUUACUCGGGAAAGACGACCGACGAGGCAUCAUUCGAAUUCUUAUAGUUCACGAGGCUCUCGUCCAGAGAUACCCAUAUCUCGAGGCUCCCGUGCAUCGGAAAAACCAGCGGAAAAACCAAAGAAUGCUUUUAAGAGCUUUAUGACAUUGGGGAAAAAGGUCUUUGCUUCAGAAAAGCAUUGAUUAUGACAUGUAUAACGGCCAUGAUGAUAUACGGAGUUUCUCUUGUUCGAUUAUUUUGAUUUCGAUUUCGAUUCUUGAUUGGUAUUAUGUUUAUGAUUGUGGAAUAUGCUUUUGAUGAGUUCUGGCUGGUGAUCUGAUCAUUGCGAAGAUGUUAUAAUAUGGUGGUCGAUCUGUGUUUUCAAGUACAUAAUAGUGUUGAGCAAGAUCUAAUAGGGUUCUUGAUGUCUGUCAGCCCUUUGUAUUUCAAGUUUCCUUGGACAUAUUUCUUUUGUUUAACUGUAGUUAUUGAAUGUACUUAACAAUUUUUGGGAUAACGGAUAUUAGAAUGAAUAGUCA